AUGCGUAGAGCCACAUGCGAAUCGCAGAGAGGUCUGCCAUGGACACAGGAACAGCAAUUAGAGGACAUCGACUUUGCAGACGAUCUUUGUCUGCUGUCGACUAAACGCCAACACCUGCAGUCCAAAAUUGACGACCUCGCCAGAGAAGCAGAAAAGGAUGGACUACGCAUAAACUGCUCCAAAACUAAAGAGAUGCGUCUCAACACGUCGGAUGAUUGCGCCGUGCAUGUAAACGGGGAGGCCGUGGAGAGAGUGAACAAAUUCACGUACCUCGGCAGCGUCGUGGACCCUCACGGCGGAACCGAGGCCGACAUCGACGCCCGCAUCAACAAGGCCCGGUCAGCCUUUGCGCAACUCAAGCCCGUCUGGGACUCCUCCGUCAUCGCUCGCCGCACUAAAGUUCGGAUUUUCGAGUCAAACGUCAAGUCAGUACUCUUAUAUGGUUGCGAAACGUGGUUCGUAAGAGAUGACCUAACAAGAAGGCUACAAGUAUUUGUCAACAAAUGCCUUAGACAGAUACUAAAGGUAUUCUGGCCACGAACCAUCUCGAAUACGGAGUUAUGGAGACUGACCAACCAGAGGAGAAUUGACUCGGAAAUCCGGCUUAAGAAGUGGAGCUGGAUUGGCCAUACGCUGCGGAGAUCCGAAGACCAUCCACCCAAAAUCGCCCUGACAAAGUGGGCUGCAUCUGGCAAGCGAAAGAGGGGACGGCCAAAAACCACGUGGCGUCGCACUGUCGUGCAGGAGGCAGCCGCCCUCGGCAUGAGCUGGCACGAAGUCGAAGGCAUGGCACAGGACCGGUCAGAGUGGAAAUCUACACUUCGAGCCCUAUGUCCCUGA